AUGGCGUGGCCAGAACCUAGGAAAACAGGAAUGCUCUACCGCAGAGUCGGCAACUCUGGCCUUCAUGUCUCAGUGCUGGGGCUGGGAGGCUGGCUGACAUUUGGAGGACAUGUCGACGAUGAGAAGACAAUCGCAUGCCUCAAGCAAGCAUACGACUGCGGCAUCAACUUCUUCGACACCGCAGAAAGCUACGCCGACGGCCAGUCCGAGAUCGUCAUGGGCAAGGCCAUCGCCAAGCUAGGCUGGAAGCGCAACGACAUCGUCGUCAGCACGAAGCUCAACUGGGGCGGCGCCAACGGCGAGGUCCUCGUCAACAACCACGGCCUGUCGCGCAAGCACAUCGUCGAGGGCCUGCGCGCCUCGCUCGACCGCCUGGGCCUCGAGUACGUCGACAUCGUCUACGCGCACCGCCCGGACCGCCUGACGCCCAUGGAGGAGACGGUGCGCGCCUUCAACCACGUCAUCGAGCGCGGCUGGGCCUUCUACUGGGGCACGUCCGAGUGGUCGGCCGACGAGGUCGCCGAGGCCUGCGGCGUCGCGCGGCAGCUCGGGCUCGUGGCGCCCGUCGUCGAGCAGCCGCAGUACAACCUGCUCGAGCGGCGGCGCGUCGAGGGCGACUUCCAGCGCCUGUACGCGCGCUUCGGGCUCGGCCUGACCGUCUUCAGCCCCAUCAAGAUGGGCCUGCUGAGCGGCAAGUACAACGACUCGCCCAAUGCGCCGCCAGCCGGGUCGCGGUUCGCCGAGAGCAAGGACGGGUUCAGCAACAUGGUCCGGGACUCGUGGUACGGCAACGACGAGUGGAGGUCGUCGAUCGACAAGGUCAUCAAGCUCAAGGCAAGUCUUGGCCCUAUGGUCCCCAUCGCCGAGAAGCUCGGCGUCACACAGUCACAGUUCGCACUAGCAUGGUGCUUGAAGAACCAGAACGUCUCUUCUGUCAUCACAGGCGCAUCACGGCCCGAGCAGAUUGUAGAGAAUGUCCAGUCCCUAAAAAUCAUUGACAAGCUCACUCCUGAGAUUAUGGCUGAAAUUGACGACAUUGUUGGGAAGAUUGAGCCGGACCCGGCCAGGCAAAAUUAA